GAGAAAUAAAACCGGCCUCGAGGAGCCUCGAGGACGGAUCCACAACCGAUCAUAUCAUGGAUUGUGUGGCUACUUAUUAUUCCUUAAAUUGUUAUCGUUGCAUGUCUCUCCUGCUGAUCACGCUGAAGCACUCGACAUUUCCUGCAUCUUAAAUAUCGCGUAGCACACCAUCUCGUUGAGACGUGCCGACCAUCUAUCUUAUAUCGUCCUCGAUCAGCGAUGUCUGAUAACGAUGAAUCGUUCAUACCUUCCCCGCCCUCCGACUUCUAUGAUACGGAGGCAGAAGAGUCGCCUCCCCUGCCAGUGAGAGUGCGUGUGCGGCAUGAGCCAGAGGCAGAUGCCCAAGUACCGCUUCGUGCAGUGCGCUAUUCAUCUCGCAAGAAGCGAUGGGCUCAGACUUCUAACUGCGCCAAAGGCGUAAGGGAGCCCCUACCGUCUUCCAUCCGCCUCGUGACAUGGAACCUCGACUUCCAAAGUUCCGAGAAGAAGAAGCGGCUCCUUGCUGCCCUCUCCUACAUACAGCACCGCGUUCUCCGCUGCGGGACCACCAGCGAACGACCUGAACCAUGCUGCAUCCUUUUGCAGGAGGUACACGCGUCAGUUUUCACGCAGAUCCUCAAUGCCGAGUGGGUGCGACGGUGUUUCAUAGUUGUUCCCACUGGCCCGGACAAGUGGCCAGAGCAAGCAUUCUAUGGAAAUGUCACGCUAGUCUCCCGCACAAUUCCCGUGGUCAAUGCCUCCACCAUCACAUUCAGCAACUCUGAGAUGUAUCGCAAUGCCAUAUUCGUUGAUAUUAAAUUGAGCAUCCCAGCUCACGAGGACGAACCUCGCCUAUCAGCAGGCAUCGUGACCCUGCGCGUUGCAAACACGCAUCUCGAAUCCUUACCAAGCGGGGCCAAGGCACGCCCCAGGCAAUUAAAACUCGUCGGAAACGCAUUGCAUGCGAGAGGACUCCUCGGGGGCAUUGUUGCAGGGGAUAUGAAUGCUAUCGUGCCCACUGACGAGACGAUCACGGAGGACGCCGGGCUUUACGAUGCAUGGGAGGGAGGUGAUGACGACGAAGAUGGUUUUACCUGGGGAUACCAGCCUCUGGAGGAGUAUGCGCCUGGCCGGUUAGACAAGGUGCUCUCUACCAGACAAGAGGGCUUCAUUGUGGAAGAGCCAGAGAGAAUAGGGAUGGGUGAAGCGAUUGGGAACGGCAAAUGGGUGAGCGACCAUUAUGGGUUGGUGACACGCGUGCGCAUCGUGCGGGAAGAUUAACAAGAUAAUGAAGGACCAGCUGGUGAGAAAUGACGGGGUGCAGUACUUAUCAUGACCACAACACUGACGCACUACUCAGGAACUGCGGAACGACGAAUCAGAUGGUAACUGACGUAUUUUUACGUGAGUAGCAGUGUUCCGAACAACGAUUCAACGAACGCCGAAUGUUGUCAAUGCACAAAAAAACGAAAAUUCAAAGUUAUGAUGGUGUUGCCCGACAGAAAUCAAUGGAGGCCUUGGGUUCAGGAAGAGUUUCGCAAGUGUAGGCUACGUAGGCUAGGCUAGUUAACGUUCAAUAUAUGCUACUAUUAUAUUGUACCAGUGGGGUUGGCGUGGCGUGUUUGGAAGGAUGAUGUAAAUAAACAGAGUCGGGCAAAUAAAUACGAAUACUAACAACUUUUUUCCA